AUGUGCUUUUCAGUGAAACGAGAUCUGGCUGAGCAUCUUUCUCAAUAUCUCUUUGGUGAUCAAGAUGAGCAACUUGUAGCUGAAGAGAGACGCCAUUUUUUAUUACCUUACGCGAAUCACACAGAUCGAUACAAUGUUGGGCUACAUAUUGGAGUGGGUGAAGUCGAGAUUUCAACAAUUUUCUGUGGAAUCUCGAGAGAAAAUGGUCGCUUUACGAAAGGAAAUCAUCACUUGCGAAUCAAUCUCACUUUUCUUUACCCAAUUGAGAAUUGUCGAGUUGAUUUCGUUGAGAUUGAAGUUCACGCCCGGGUUCUCUCCAGAAUGCAUUUAUUUCAUGAGGGUGAAGAGCUCGAUUCAUCUGAAGAAAAGAAGAAAAUUCGAUGGACGCUACUUUGGACGAUUUUGAUCAUCUGUUCGUGUCUGGUUUGCUCGUUGGGUGCUUGUUUCUAUCGAUAUCGCAAAUCGCAUUUGAGGAUUUCGCCAGAGGCGGUGAAAAUCGAGACAAAAGAGAAGAAAAUUUCAUAUCAAGAGGUUGAGAUGAGAAAGAUUUCAAGGAAAGGCUCUCGUUUCGAGGAAUCGUUGAAGUUU